AUGUUCAAAAUGGUCAUGAAAGACAAAUUAUUCCAUGUUCCUCUGGAAAAGCCCCAACAAAUUCUCGAUGUUGGCACCGGUUCUGGUAUAUGGCCAAUAGAGAUGGCAUCAUUAUUCCCCAACGCCACCAUCACAGGAACAGAUCUCUCUCCAGUUCAGCCCACAGAGGUCCCAGAGAAUGUUCAUUUUUUGAUCGACGACGCCGCAGAAGAAGAAUGGCUCUGGGACGCAGAUCAUUUCGACUUCAUUCACAUCGGACACAUGUCAGGCGCCAUGUCAUCCUUCAUAGACGUAUUACGGCAAUCCUUCAAACAUCUCAAACCCGGCGCAUAUAUAGAAUGUCAGGAACUGGACCCGAAACCAAAAUGUGACGACGGCACCAUGCCACCAGAGAACCCAGAUGGGUACAGUACUUACGCUCUGCACGACUGGUUCGAUUUGAACAUGCGCUCCAGCCAAGAUGUUGAGCCAUGUCGACAAUUUCGAAUUGCCCAUCGUAUUCAGCGCUGGAUGAAGGAAGUGGGCUUCGUGGAUAUUGAGCAACGAAAAUUCAAAGUCCCCACGAAUACUUGGCCGACAGAUGAGCAUUUGAAGGCCAUUGGAAAAUGGAGUGAGAGCAAUUGGCUGGAGGCCUUGUCUGGCUGGUCUUACAAACCCUUUCUUGCUCUGGGCUGGUCGAAACCUGAGAUUGAAGUCUUCCUGGUUGAUGUCAGGAAGAGCAUACAGGAUCGGAGUGUCCAUGCCUACAUGGAUUACUAUGUGGUGACGGGCCGAAAACCGCUCGCCACGAAAACAUGA